GAGAGUACGAGGUGAGUCGCCUUCGCUUUCGGCAGGGCCUCUCUCGGAUGCCCGCCGACGCCGCCGUUCUUGCUCGUUUCCGGAAGGCAGAUAAGCCUAGCCGCCGCCGCCGAGUUUGACAGUUCGCACUUUGACAGUUCGCGCGCUUUGACAGUUCGAGCGCGGCCGCCGCCGCCGCCGUCGUCGUCGGCAUCGUUUCUUCUCUCUUUCUCUCUCUCCCUCUCUCUCUCUUUCUCUCUCUCUCUCUUGAAUCGAGUACGCCGGCUACGAGUAACUCCGAGCCGGGGACCAAGCCGAGCGGGAUGACGCGGAAAAAAUGUGCGCCGUACCAGCGUGGCUGAUGAGGCUGAAAUCAAGCCUCUCGCACACCACGGUAGGUCUUAGAGGAUGCACAAGCUAGCCAAGGGCCUGAAGAAGAAGAAAAAGCCGAAGAAGGGCAAAAAGGGGGCGGAGGAGGAAUUCGAUCCGGAGGAGCUCGAGCGUUAUCGGCGCGAGCGGGCGGAGGCCCAACAGAAAGUCGAGGAGGCUGGCGAGUCGACUGGCGGCAAGCAGGUCGCCGGUUCCGACGAGUGGAAGAAGUUUCAGGCACUGACCGCCGGCGUCGACUCGGUUCUGCGCAAGACCCAGGAUGACCUCGACCGGAUAAAGUCUACCUCGUUCUUCCAGCGUAAGGCGCCGUUGGAAGAGAAGAAGCCGCAGGAGGAGGCGGACCAGGCCGAGGCCGAGGCGAACAAGUCCAAGAGGUGGGUGGGCUUCGACGCGGAGGGUAACCCAAUCGAGGCUGUUGAGGUCGAGGGUCAAGACAAGAGGAAGAAGGAGUCGGUGGUCCACGAGGACGGCUUCGUCGACGUGCCGGAGGACGAGGAUGAGCAGGAGGACUCCGCCGACGAGGACAUCUUCGAUACCACUUACGUCGACGUUCUCCAGAACAUCGAUGUUCAAUUAGCUUAUAUACCAGACAGCCCGACCGAGGAGGAAGCCGGCGACGAUCCGUUCGACACCACCAGCGCCGACAAGGUUCUGAAGACAGUCGAUAAAAAAGGAAAUAGAUUAGUCAGUCUAGGAAAUGCAGUCGAGGUGCUAUCGGGAAGGAUCGAUCACGUGAGCACCUGUAAACUUACCAAGAGAGGACGACCGAGGCUCCAGCAGGAUCUACUGUUGGACGACUUCGAAGAGCCGGAGCAGCUUCCGGAAGCUGUUGGGGCGGAGCCGGUGGAGAUAGAGAGGACUCUUCUGGACGACGACAGUGAUCUUCCCGACAUCCCGAUCGAUUUAACCAAGUUACCGCCUGUUUUACCGAGACCAGUCACCCCAGUCACUCCUCUUCAAGAAGAUACAACAUCGACGGAGAAAGUCUCCAACGGCCCGUUGGAUAUCUCCGAGUUCGAGAUACUGAAAGAGAAGACCGUCUUGGAGGAGAUUCCCGACUUGGACGACGCCGAGUUCGAUUUAAGCGCCGCGGCCGAUGCUGAACCGGCUCACCUUGAAGAGGCCGAAGAUCCGUUCGCCGAGAAGGAACCAGAAACCGUCGACUUUCAGACGGAGAUAAUCGAGGCCAGUUUCGAAGCGGCCACCUUCGUCGACGAGGUCGAUCCGUUCGACACCGCAUUCGCGGACAACAUCUUGCCGGGCAAGACCGAGUUGAAGUUCAUCGAGAAGGAGCUCGAGGAGCUGCCCGUCUCGGAAGUGUCCAUCUCCCUGACAGAUCCAGCUGGCUUCAACAGGGAUUACGAGACCGGCCUGCUGAAAUUGGAGAACGAGCAGGAGGACGAUGACGUUCAUCAUCAGGAAAUCAGUCUACAGUCAGUCAAGAAGGACCUGCUAGGCGGCUCCGCGACCGAUCUCAGCCAGUUGGCGGAUGAACCAAUUGCACCAGUUGAAGAGAUCACGUACGUCGAUCCGUUCGACACAUCCGCGGUGAAGGAGCUUCCACCUGGCAAGACAGAGCUCAAGGUCUUGGAGAAGGAGCUGCUCGGCGAACAAGCCGGCGGCUACGUCGAGGACGACAACGAGGACGACGACUUUGAUCCCAGGAAGGAUGAGGAACCAUCAGUGAGACAGCCGCCACCCGCCAGACCACCGGUACCAGUUAAACCCGUGUUCGAGGUCAACUUCGACGAGGAGGAGACCAAGGUCGAAGCGACCCCGACGAAUCUAGGGAGGAAGACCUCGCGACCGGAGAUUCUUGAGCUAACUCCGUCCAAGGCUGUCGCGUUUGAGCUGCCGACGCCGUCGAAGAGGCCGGAUCUUCUCGCGACCACCGAGGAGGAGAAGAGUCUACCUUCCAAGCCGCUUACGCCGUACUACUCGCAGAAGUCCAUAGAGGAGUCGCUGCCGUUGGAGGACGAGGAGGUGGACGUCGAUCCGUUCGACACCAGCUUCGUCAACAGUGUCGCGCCGGGCAAGACAGAGUUGAAACUCAUCGAGUCGGAGCUGCUGAGACAGGAGCCCAGGUUACCCCACAGCUUGAGCGAUCACGAUUUCGAUCCGAGAUCCGUCGCGGAACCCAUCAGGAGGCAGAGCGAUUUUACCGCCACUUCGGUUGCUCCGAGCAGCCUGAAGCUCGAGCAGCUGCGAUCGUCGCUGAUACAAAAGGUUGAAGAAGAGGUGAUCGUGAGGCAGGAACCGCAGAGGCAGGAGAGCUUGCUGGACGCGGAAGUCGAGGUCGACGCGAAGCCUCUGACGCCCAGGAUCGAGAGCAAACCCAUCGAGGAGGAGGAGAUCUCGUAUUCCGAUCCCUUCGACACCUCCAUUGCGAUUAAUAUCCUUCCCGGCAAGGCGGAGCUCAAGAUUUUGGAGAGCGAGUUGGAGCAGAUUCCUCAGCAACCGCCGCCGCGUCCUAUUCAACUGCCUGCAGUGGUACCAACCAUCCCGGUAGUUCCGGUAGUCCCGGAAAUCGACGACUUCGAUCCGAGAGCGGACGAGGUAAAGGAGUCCAAAGACUUCUUGUCCCUGGACGGGCAGGAUCCCGGGGAUAAAGUGCUGACGCCGCUCCAGAACAAGGACUUCAGCUUGGACGAAGACGUGGAUCCUUUCGACACGAGUUUCGCGACCAUCGAGCCUGGACGAACCGAACUGAAGCUGCUCGAGUCAGAAUUGAUGAAGUAAUUCAGCUUCG